AGGAGGAGGGUGAGGAUGAGGAGGGCGGCCGGGACGAGGAGGAUGAGGAGCAGGGGGGUGGGGGGGGCAGCUCUUCGGCCCCGCCCCCACCGCCCCCGCCCCCGGGCGACGAGGGGGCAAGGAAGCCGCAUAAGAGGGCGGCGUCCGGGAAGAAGGAAGAGCCGGAGACGAAAAAGAAGAAACUGGAUUCUCUGCCACAUCACGAGGAAGAGAACAAACCCAACAAGGCGGAACCGAGGACGAGGGCUACAAAGCAAAGCGGCAGGAAGAAGCCGGGGCCGGAGAAGCCCUCGAAGAGUGCGGGCAAGAAGUCGGCUUAGGCGCUGCUGUGGAUCCAGCGGCAUCGUCUUCAGCCAUAGCUGCAGCAGCGCCAGCGAUGCUCACCGAUUGGUUCAAUGCCCGGAGCAAGCCCGCGUGUGAUUGGUCGGCUGACAUUUACCUCCGUCGUUAUACACCGACCCCUGAUUGGUUCACUAUGUAAAAUGGCGUCAUAGUUGCCCAACUUUUCCUCCUCCCCCCACCCCCCCCAUUGGUUAACUGCGAAUGUCGUCAUAGUUGUGCACCACCCUCAUUGGUUCGCUGUGUUAUUGUCGCCGUCCGUGCGCCCUUAAUUGGCGAGCUGUUAUCGUCGACGGUCUCUGCCGGCACUCAUCAAUUCACCGUAAUCAUCGUCAUUUAGUUUGCUUGAAGAAAACCCCUCGAGUGCUUUUCUUGCGAUUAAAUCCCAGUUUGUUGCAACG